AUGUUUCGAUCAUCACAACCUUCGCGUUUCAUUUAUUCCGUUUUUCUUAUGGUGGCUAUCAUACACAGCCAAGUCAGUGAAGCACUCCCACAUGACGGGGGCUGUAGAGUCAGAAAGCACCCCAGCCACACGAAGAUCUCUUAUAUCCCUGACAAUAAAAUGAAUACUGGGUCGCAAAACUUGUCGGGUGAUCCUCACCAAGGAUCUUCUGAAGGGACAUAUGUGGCAGCCCCGCAUGGUGCUCACCAUUCUCUCUACCCAAAUAAGACCAGUUCCAACAUCUAUAUGUCAACUAGGAAUGAUCCAAAGGUCAACGAUACAGAAGAAACACCUCGUAAUGACACUCAGCCGAAAAAAAAUUCCACUGGUGGUCUAGUCCCACAACCCGCACCUGCCCCAGCUCACAAUGGAACAGGAUUAUCCCCAAAGUACAAAGGCACAGGCACCAUGUGGGGUGGAAAUUGGAAAGGUGGAAACUGUGACUUCAAGGAUUGGGAUCCUCCAGCUGGUUUUCCUGAAGUUGCUAUGGCUGGAAACUUAUGGAACAGUGCGAGCUUGUGUGGGUCAUGUGUCGAAGUUACUGGUCCCACCGGAAUGAAAAAGGUAGCAAUUGUCGGAGAUUCAUGUUUCUCGUGCUCCAAUGACGGACUGGAUAUGGACCCCGUGAUGUGGAACGCAGUCACAGGAAAUGCGUCGCCUUCCGCCUUACCGAUCACUUGGGAAAUUGUUCCCUGUGGCUUCCCCACUCCACUUAAGAUCAUCAACAAAGAAGGAGUUUCGAGAUAUUUCAUGUCAAUGCAAAUCGCAGGCGCUAACCAGCCAGUCCACUCCGUCGAAAUCUCAACUGACGGUGGUCAAUCCUGGACCAACACUACCCGACAGUCGAGUGAUAACUUUUUUCAACUCUCGAAUCCGCCCAAGGAUUCUGCCACUGUUGCUGUCAAGGUGACUUGCGCUAGUGGUAAGAAAGUUGUCGCUGAUAGGGUAGAUUACUCUCGUCCAGGUAUUGCGGCAUCGGCUGAGAACUGCUGA